UACGGGAAAAUAAAAGCAUAGUUGGACCAGGCCUUGCUCUGCUCAUGUCUCUCUCUCUUGAAGUCAACCAUGUCUUGCUUUGCUUCUUCAUCCUCCACUGUCGCAUCGGAUUUGGUUUACGAUGUCUUCUUAACUGUGAGUGAUCCCGAUCAUCCUGCAAAAGCUGAAUUAAGAAACUAUUUCAGGGAUCUUCAAAUCAAAACUUUGAUUGAUGAUCAGAAGGGGGUGUUUUCGAUAACUGAGAUAGCAAGGUUCAGAAUGGUUGUGGUUGUUUUCACACCAGGUUUCGUGGAGUCCGAUGUAUUCCUCAAGGGACUGAUGAAUAUAAGGAGGAGCCAAAAGAUCAUGAAUACAAAAGUGUUGCCUGUAUUCUGUGGAGUGAGCGAGGAGCAGGUACGUGAGCAGUUGGAGGGUAUGGAUUUGAGAAGAUCAGAAUCGUGGCAUUUGGAUUUCGAUUUGGAAUCGAGAAAAGCCAAUACUGAAGCCGCGUUGCUUUUAGAUUCGAGAAAAGCCAUCGUUGAAGCUGCUUCCUCACAUGGCUACACUCUGUCUUCUGAUUUUGGGGAUAAAAUCAGUAACGGUAUUGCAGAUCAAUCAUGUCUACACAUGUUCCACAAUGUUAUGUUUGAGGAUCGUCCAUAUCAUCAAGUAGGGUUAUCGCUUCGUAUGAGAAAAUUGCUUGAUUUUUUGGGGUGGCAAUACAUUAUGAUGAAAGAUUUGUUCAUGGUCGAAAUUUGGGGCCCUGCAGGUAUUGGUAAAACUACAAUUGCCAAAGAAUUUUAUGAUAGAGUUGGUGGCAAUUUUGAAGGGAAGAUUUUCUUGCAAAAUCAAACCGAUAAGCAUCAAUUUAUAAAAGAUGUUAGGCAACAACUUUGUUCAGAUACUUCUGGAGUUGAAAUAGAGGCAAAUGAUGUCUUAUUGACAUGCAUGUCACCCCGUAAAAGAGUCCUAAUAAUAUUUGAUGAUGUAGAUGAUACUGAUGUUGAUGAUUAUAUUUGCCAUGUAUUGCGUAAAAGUAGAAAGUUGUUUGGUAAAGGGAGUUUGAUAUUCCUUAUAGCAAGACAGAUGUCUCCCUCUAUCGGCUUUGUUGACUCAUCGUAUGAAAUGAAAGUGUUAGACAGUCAUGAGUCUCUUAAGCUGUUCAGUUUGUACGCAUUUAAGAAAUUUCCUCCAGCGAAGGGUUUUGAGAAUCUUUCAAAGAAAGUCGUUUCUAAAUGUUUUGGCCUACCAUUGGUUCUUGAAAUAAUUGGCUCUCUUUUGCAUAAAAGGACAAUACCGGAGUGGAAAAUUGUAUUGAAUAAAUUAUUGGACAGUGCUACAUCAUAUCCUGGUCUAAUUACAACGAUGUGUAGACUUACUUAUGACUUUUUAACUGACCCAGAGAAAGAUUUAUUCUAUAACAUAGCUUAUAUUUAUGAGGACCAAAGUAAACAUGAUGUUACACAAUUGUUAAAAGGAUCGAGAUUUCCUUUGGAAAUAGGAAUGAAUGUACUCAUUGAGCGAAACCUUGUAAAGGUCGUGAAUGACAAGUUUUAUGUUCAUGAUUUAUUGCGGGAGGAAUGGGGAGCCUAUAGCUAUGGUAAAAGACAGAAGCUCAAAUAUAGCUAUGAUGUAUUUUUGAGUUUUAGAGGUGAAGAUACACGUAAAUCUUUUACUACUCAUCUUUGCACUGCUCUAAAGCAAGCAGGUAUUGAGGUCUACAUGGAUGAAGAACGAAUUGAAGGGGGAGAUAAUAUUUCUUCUUCGUUACUGGAAGCCAUUGAAAGUUCUAGAAUUUCAAUAAUUAUAUUCUCAAAAAAUUAUGCUGGUUCUAGUUGGUGCUUGCAAGAAUUACAAAAAAUCAUGGAGUGUUACAAAACAUCUUAUCAAGAGGUAUUGCCUAUCUUUUACGAUGUUCGGCCAUUUGAAGUUCGUAAACAACAAAAUGCUUUUGGAAAAACAUGGGAAAAACUUGUCAACAGAACAUCAAGCAGCAAAGUGAAUGAAUUGACAACCAAGAGAGCCCUUGCAGAGGCUGCCAACUUUUCUGGUUGGGACAUGCAAACCUACAGAACUGAAACCGAGUUGAUUGACCACGUUGUUGAAACUAUUACAAUGAAGUUAGGCGACAGCAAAUGCUUGUUUGUUGCUCACCAUCCUGUUGGAUUAAAGCCUCGUAUGCACGAUAUCAUCCAAUUGCUAAGAAGUAAAUCAAAUGAAGUUGUCAUAGUAGGGAUUUGGGGAAUGGGGGGAAUUGGCAAGACAACAAUUGCUAAAGCCAUCUACAAUGAAGUUGGUCAAAGGUUUGAGGGAAAGUGUUUCCUUGCAAAUGUUAGGGAAUUAUGGAAGCAAGAUAAUGGUCAAGCUUAUUUGCAAGAACAACUUCUUUCAAGCAUCUUAAAAGCAAGAAGGAAGACGCUACCAAAUAUAGAAAUGGGAAAAACUUUGCUCAAGGAAAUGCUUUGCAAGAAAAGAGCUUUUGUUGUACUUGAUGAUGUGAACAAUGAAGAUCAACUUAAAGCAUUAUGUGGAAGCCGAGAAUGGUUUGGCCAAGGUAGUAGAAUAAUUAUCACUACUAGAGAUGAACAUUUACUUAAGAUCCUUAAAGUGAUUCAUGUAUACAAUGUGAAAGAAAUGGACGACAAUGAAUCACUUGAGCUUUUUAGUUGGCAUGCAUUUAAGCAAGAGAUUCCAGAAAAGGAUUUUGCUACGCUUUCAAGAAGCAUAGUCUCUUACUCUGGAGGGUUGCCCCUUGCUCUUGAAAUUCUUGGCUCCUAUUUAUUUGAUAGAGAAGCAUUUAUUUGGAAAAGCGUUUUGGAGAAAUUACAAAAAAUUCCCAAUGAUCAAAUACAUGAAAAGCUAAAAAUAAGUUAUGAUGGUUUGAGUGACAAUAUGGAGAAAGAUAUAUUCCUUGACAUAAGUUGUUUCUUUGUUGGUAUGGAUAAAAGCUAUGCAACACAAAUAUUAAACGGUUGUGGACUUCAUGCAGAAAUUGGAAUUACUCGUCUAAUCGAGCUAAGCCUUGUAAAAGUUGGCAACAAAAAUAAGCUUGAUAUGCAUGACUUACUACGUGACAUGGGAAGGGAAAUCAUUCGUGUGCAAUCACCAGAGGAUCCUGAGAAGCGUACUAGAUUAUGGUUUUAUGAUGAUGUUGUUGAUGUGUUGAGAAAUAACAAUGGAACGAUGGCCAUCAAGGGAUUGGCUUUAAACAUGUCAAGGAACAAUUCAUUAUCCUUCAGUACGAAAGCAUUUAAGAAGAUGAAGAGACUUCGUUUGCUACAACUCGAUCAUGUACAACUUGCAGGAGACUAUGGUUAUCUAUCAACAGAACUGAGAUGGCUUCGAUGGCAUGGACUUCCCUUAAAAAACUUGCCAAUGGACUUAUGUCUAGAAAAGACAGUUGUCAUAGACUUAAAGUGGAGUAAUCUUACUGAAGUAUGGGAGAAAAGCCAGUUGCUGGAGUGGCUGAAAAUUCUCAAUUUGAGUCAUUCUUAUUACUUGAAAGAAACACCCAACUUUUCAAAGCUACCAUAUCUUGAAGAGUUAAUACUCAAAGAUUGUCCACGUUUGUCUGCAGUUCAUCAUUCCAUUGGUGAUCUUAAAUAUAUUAUUCUGUUAAAUUUAAAGGACUGCAAGAGCAUCAACCAUCUCCCUGUAGGCACAUAUAGCUUGAAAUCUUUGAAGACCCUUAAUCUUUCUGGCUGUUCAAAGAUUGAAAAGCUUGAAGAAGACAUGGAGCAAAUGGAAUCUUUGACAACAUUGGUGGCAAAUCGAACUGCUAUAGCACGAGUGCCCUUCUCAUUAGUAAAAUUGAAAAGCAUUAAAUAUGUGUCUUUGUGUGGCUAUGAAGGAUUAUCUCGUGAUGUAUUUCCAUCUCUUGUUUUGUCUUGGAUGUCACCAACCUGUUACUCAAAGUCCUUGUUCCGAGCAUCUCAGAUCAUGCCAUCUUUGAUCAGGUGUUUAUCACAUCCUUUAUUCACUAAAAGCAUUGAGAAAUUAGGAGCAAGACAAAGUACAUCUGGAGCUUAUUGUCAAAAAACUCCAAAAUUAGUUGAAUUUCCUGAGCAAGUUCACACAGAUAGGUCAACAGCAUGUAUGAGUUCUUUGACAAUGCACGUAGGUGGGUCCAACAAAGUUGUGGAUACACUUCUAAAGAGUAUUUCAAAGGGAUGGAGUGAUGGAGGGCUUGAAUAUUCUCUUCCGAGAGAUAAUUAUCCUAAUUGGCUAGUUUUAGAAAAUGAUGGGUUUUCAGUAUCAUUUAAAGCUCCCCAAGUUGCUGGUCAUUUCUUAAAAGGAAUGGUCCUCUACAUUACCUAUUCAUGUCUUCAAGAUAGCAUUGGAUCUGUGUAUCCUAUUGGUGUUGUUUUAAAGAAUUUCACAAAAGCUACCUUGAAUUUCUACAAGCGAGAUGCUACGUCUUUUUCUACUGAUGAAGAAUGGCAGAACAUAAUAUCUAAUUUGGAGCCUGGAAAUGAGGUGGAAGUUGAAGUUAAGUUUGCAAAUAAAUAUGUUGUGAAGAAGACUGCAAUCUAUCUUGUAUAUGAUGGAGAAGUUAACAAGCUGAGCAUCACUGAAUAAAGUUAAAGCAUAAACGAAAAGGGAUUCACACAAGCAAAAUGUAAGUAAAGAGUGAUAAGUCGAAGGCUUUCUGACUCCCGGGCUUUUCACUUUUUUGUUAUUUGUUGAGGAAAGCAAAGACAGACACAUCGUGUCUACCUCCAUCUCUGGUGACCCUUUGAAGUGGAUGAGUUGUAUGGAUAGCUUGUGACUAAGUGGUAUCAAUUUGGCUUGUGAGCUCAAACUGAAUGUUGACUCAGCCUUGGACUGUAGCUGUGGCAAGCGAGGAAUUGGCCUUUUGAUUGAUCCGUGAUAGUUCUGUUCUACUCCUUGUUAGCUCUUGAAUGCUGUCUAAGGGAUGCUUAUGGCUUCAUUUAAAGGUUCGCAUGUUGCUAUCAUCCGAGCAUAAAUUUCAUGGAGUCGUAACCUUUGCAUCAGGUGCUAGCUUUGAUUUCUUCAUUCAAGCUGAACGUUUAUCACUGCUUACACAUUGGUAAUGUGGAGCAUUCUUGCUCCUUUGUCUGUUCACUAUCUUGAGUUUGUUCGUUCAUGGCUUUGAUUAUAGUAUCUUGGUGGAUUAUGAUUGGAACUGGAAGUUCAAUUAUUAUCAUCCAGAAGAUCCUCUUCGCAGAAAGUUUGACUCUCUCUGUUGGCCAGAGUUUCUUUGUUCUGACAUUAUAUUCCUUCAUCUGAUGUUCCUAAAGAUAGUUUUUCUGGCUGGAGAAUUUAUGUCGAUGAGGAAGAUUUUUUUGGAAACCUUUUGUGACAGGCGUCCAUUUGAGAAGCUUCGCUUAUCCUUCUCCGAUCCAUGGUCUCUCCGCCAUUUGGACUUGCCGCCGUUGCCGGAGUAGAGGUGUGCCAUAGAUUUCUGUCAAAUUCCUAACUCCUGAUCUUCCUCCUUCGAUCCUGUUCUGAGUUGUAGAGAGGUCUAGAGGUCGAAACUCCUCUGCGUCUUCUCCAACCUUCGUUCACAGUUCAGACCACGGCCGUGUCAUUUUCUCUGCUGGAGUGCAUCGAAUCUUCUCAUUUUUCUUUUUGGUGCAGUGUCAAAGAUCUCUCUUCCUUCUUCUUAGCUCACGUCGUUACUGGCUGAACAAGAAAGGUUUGACCCUAAAGUUUAAAUUUGCACUUGGAAACAUGAAAGAGUUGUGUACAUGCCCAAAAUAAGCUGAUAAAAGUUAAAGGCAACAAAAAACACAAACCCUCUGAAGCUACGGAUCUCAACAAUGAAUGACAGAGUGCAAAUGACUACGGAUCUCAACCCUCUUGGUCUUGGACAAAAUCAGCUGUUUCUCGGGCUCCUUUUUGACUAGCUGCUCCUUUUCAAACAAAAUCAGUGCAAUAUGGCAGGGUGAUGACUUAGUUUUCGCAGAGUUUCUAAGAAUCCGUGAAUGUUAGAAGGGUUUCUGAGUUUCUUAGCAGCCACUCAAAAACCCUUCUUGCAGUACUGCCAAAACAUGUCCCUUGUGGUGGAACAAGGUAUCUCCACGUCAAGUUCAAUUGCAGCCUAUUGGAUACUAUCUUCACCUUUCCUUCCUUUCUUUGCCAGCGUAGGAAACUCAGUUCCUACGGGAACAUUCCUUUUGCUUCUUACUCUUUCGACUCUUCAUCGACUUCGAAUGAAUGAAGGUUGAGAAGCAGUUUUUCAUAUCAACUUACUGGUGCCCAAUUCCUGCAUGAAGACCUGAGGAGAGCUAUCGUGUUCAUUGUUUUUCCUUUUAUGUCUGCUGCUCUUAUUGCAUUUGUACUUGUUUUUAAUUUCAAACCUUUGGUUUUUGAUUGAUUCGUUACUUUUGUAUA